AUGCCAGGUGAUGAAGAGAAUUUGAGUGAUACCUAUGACUGUGUGACUAGCGACCCUUUAGAAUACACCACCUUUGUGAUAAAGGAGGAGAACGUCUCUGAAGCUGACUGUGAAAAUAACGUAGCUAGCGAUCGUGCUCAGAAAACCAAAUCUUACGAGGGCAGGUGCAGCCAGAACUACCUGACCAACCCAACCAUCGAGAAGCCAUUCUCAUGUUCGGAUUGUGGGAAGCGAUUCCAGCAUCGAUCCAAGCUGAUCAGCCACCAGAGGGGUCACACGGGUGAAAAACCCUUCUCCUGCACGGUAUGCAGCAAGUCCUUUAACUGUAAGACGGACUGCCAGACACACGAGCGCAUUCACACGGGAGAGAGGCCGUACUCCUGCUUAGAGUGCGGAAAGAGCUUCAACGUCAAGUCCAAUCUGGUGACCCACCGGCGGAUCCACACUGGGGAGAAGCCUUAUGAGUGCGGCAAAUGCUUUAUCAGCAAGGCUGAGCUGAACAGCCAUGGGAGGAUUCACUCAGGCAACAAACCCUACUCCUGCCAGGAGUGCGGCAAGACCUUUAGCCGGAAGACGCAGUUCGUGACGCACCAGUGGAUCCACACGGGGGAGAAGCAGUACUCAUGCUCCGAUUGCGGCAAACACUUCAGCAGCAAAUCAAACCUGGUGGCGCACCACCGGAGCCACACCGGGGAGAAGCCUUAUGCCUGCUUGGAGUGCGGGAAACACUUCAGCAGCAGCUCGGAGUGUAGCCGGCACAAGAGGGUCCACACCGGGGAAAGGCCGUACGCCUGCUCGCAGUGUGAUAAGAGCUACAUCUGCAAGUCCAACCUCGUCAUCCACCUGAGGACUCAUACGGGGGAGAAGCCGUUUUCCUGCUCUCAAUGCGGCAGAUGCUUCGGUCUAAAAGCAAGUCUGGUGACGCAUCGGAGGAUCCAUUCUGGAGAGAGACCGUUUACUUGUACCGAGUGCGGGAAGAGCUUCAGCCACAGCUCCAGCUUGGUGACGCAUAGGAGGAUCCACAGUGGGGAAAGGCCGUACGUUUGCCCUGAGUGUGGUAAAGGCUUUGCCAGUCUCUCUGAACGCGUUGUGCAUGAGAGAACACACACCGGGGUGAAGCCCUAUUCCUGCCCAGAGUGCGGGAAGAGUUUUGUCAGCAUUUCAGAGUGUAACCGCCACCGGAAGAUCCAUGCCGACAAAAAGCCCUUCACUUGUUCCUAUUGUAGCAAGCCUUUCAUCCGCAAACCUGAUUUUGUCAAGCACCUUCGGAUUCACACAGGAGAGAAACCAUUUGGCUGCUCUGACUGCGGCAAGUUUUUCCGCAGUGUCCCGGAACUCACAAAGCACCAGCGGUAUCACACUGGAGAACAGACGUUUAUCUGCAGUAAAUGUGGGGGGCGGUUUUCCUCGAAGUCCAACCUGAACGUACACGCCAAACUGCACACUGGGGUGAAACCCUAUUGCUGCCCUGAAUGUGGCAAAGGUUUUACCAGCAAGUCUGCUCUUAACAAGCACUGGAAAUACCACACAGGGGACAAGCCCCCCGCUUGUCCGGAAUGCGGGAGAUCUUUUGACCGGCAGGCGAGUCUUACAAGACACAUGACGGUACACACAAGCCGAAAGCACUUUUGCUGCUCCAAAUGCGGGAAGUGCUUUCGGAGGAAGACGGCUCUAAUGAAACACCGACAGAUUCACUCUAAACUGCCGGAGGAGGACCCCAGGUCUUCCAGUGGUGAGAAAGACAGCUAUGACAUGUCACAUGAGACUCUCUGA